GUUGUUAUCAGUCGGCAUUGUUGCGAUUGACCUGUCUUUUAUCCCAGUUGCUGCAGGUUCAGUGUGUGUCUGAAAGGAUCUAUCUUUGGGUUGGUGUAGUAUUUAUCCGAGAUCAUUAGCAGGAAUCAACGAAAAGCAAGGAUUUGAUUCAGUCACAAUGGCAGCGAAUCCAUUUAGUCCAGAUUAUAGUAGUGGCCCAGCAGCGUCAACGGGCACCAUGGCGACGACCGAUUUCUUUUCCUCCCCGCCGGUUCCUCCAAGCAAUGCUCAUGAUCCAUUUGCGGCAGUAGCUGCGCCACCGACAGCGACGUCAAUUUGGGACCUACCGGCCGACGCAACGGCAACACAUGCGUCCUACUCCUCCAAGCCCAAUCUCUGGCAAACGACCACUACUACAAAGGCACCGCCAAAAAAGAAGGAUUUGUCGGGGGCCUUUGUGUUUCCCGAUUACAACAAUCCGCAAAGCAGCAAUCGACAAUCCAUGAAUGGAAUGACCAACGGCAUGGGCAUGACCAAUGGCAUGAGCAGUAGCAUGGGCUUGACCAACAGUCACAGCAACAACCUGAGUACCAUGAACACGGGCCUUUCUUCCACAACCAAUAAUCAAUUUGUGCCUUCCAAUAAUCAAUUUGCGGCUCCCAAUUCUGCCAUGACGGGCGGUUUUGGUUUAAGUCCUGCCAUGAGUCCACCACAAUCCUCAUCGUCCUUGGGGUUUGAAAAUUCCGUUCCUAUGGGAGGAAGCACUUCCACAAUGAUGGGUGGCACUACUGCUACUAGUAGUGCAGGUCUCACUGGUGGCUCCGUCAUGGGAUCUAGUACCUCAAUGCCCAUGAGCAAUGGAUCAAUGGGAGGCACCUACAGUAACACUGGACUGUCAUCCUCCACCGUGCCUCCACCCCUGCCCAAUACUAUGCAAUCUCCUCCACCACUUCCAGAGACCACAACCACAGCUUUUGCUGCUCCCAAUCCAGACGAAGAUGAUGCAGAAUUUCGACAAGCUGAAGAAGCAGCUCUCGAAGCAAAGGCGAUGAUGGAAAGACAAGCACUAGAACAAAAGAAACGAGAAGAAGAAGGGUUCUUAGGAAUCAACAAACUCAAACCAAAGAUUCAACCACCCAAUCUCAGCUUCUUUCGACCAAAUCAAGAUGAAGGAACCUCACGACAACCUUGGUUCAAACAAUCAUCACAAGCACAAUCAGCUUCGCCCACGCGAGAUUCCAGUUUGCCUCCGUGGCAGCAUACCGAUGCGGCGGCCGAUUCGCGAGCGGCCACCAGUGACUUUGGAAUUCCACCCGCUGCGACUCAUGACACCGUGGCUCGACAACGACAACAACAAACCGCACCUGGCGAAGAAGGCGCCGGCAAGGGCGCUGCUGUCAUGGGUGCGUCGGUCGUGGGUGGUGUCGCUGGACUCAUGUUGAUGGGUCCUAUCGUGGGUGUCGUGGCGGCAGGCGGUGCUGCCUAUACCGCUGCUGCCGGGGAUGGACCGGUGGGAACCAUUCUUCGGAGUACCGGAUCUCUUGCCGCUUCCGCCGGUGGCGCCGCCAAACGAUUCGAUGACAAGCAUCAAGUCAUGGCCAAAACGGCCAAGGGUGUUGCCACUGGAGUGGGAUGGGUCGUCAAGACGGUCAACAAUGCCAGUUAGUCUCAAAUUCUAUUUUAGUUUUAUAGUUUUGGAGAUGACGAUAGAACACGAACGGGCCAAGAUGGUCUACCUAAAGAGUAGUUUCAUUUCUUUCCCUUGAGUGUUUUGCGCCAGCCAACUAGUAUAAGUAGAUAAAGUGCCGUUGUCAAUACAAAAGGAAUGAAAUAUAAUAAUGAAUCUAGAUUACAGUGU